GAACCAGUCAGCUGCGGGAGGAACUCCGACAACACAACAGAAAGUCAACCAGGAAACAGACAGCUGCAGCCGACCCACCGUCCGGUCUGACGCCCCAACGACGCUGUUCGUCACGGGAGUCAUUAAAUGCUUUAUUAUCACAGGAGUUUUAUUUUGUAUUAAAGUAGGAAAAGAGCAGCGGAAUGGCGAAUUUAUUCAAGAAGAAAACAGUCGAUGACGUCAUCAAGGAGCAGUCGAAGGAGCUCCGCGGCACUCAGAGACAGAUCACCAGGGACCGAGUGGCGCUGGAGAAACAAGAGAAGCAAAUGGAGCUGGAGAUCAAGAAGAUGGCUAAGAGUGGAAACCGGGAGGCUUGUAAAAUUCUGGCUAAGCAGUUGGUGCAGCUGAGGAAGCAGAAGAACCGGACGUACGCCGUUAGCUCCAAAGUGACCUCCAUGUCCACGCAGACCAAGGUCAUGAACUCUCAGAUGAAGAUGGCCGGUGCGAUGUCCACGACUGCGAAGACGAUGCAGGCUGUGAAUAAGAAGAUGGAUCCGCAGAAGACCCUGAAAACGAUGCAGGACUUCCAGAAGGAGAACAUGAAGAUGGGCAUGACGGAGGACAUGAUCAACGACACGCUAGAUGAGAUCUUCGAUGAAUCCGGGGAUGAAGAGGAAUCUCAGGACAUCGUCAACCAGGUCCUGGAUGAGAUCGGCAUUGAGAUCUCAGGAAAAAUGGUCCGAGCUCCAGCUGCUGGGAAGGCCGUCCCCGGAGCCGCCGCCGCCUCCUCCUCUAAACAAGCCACCAUCUCUGAUGACGAGAUCGAGAGACAGCUUCGAGCUCUGGGAGUGGACUAGACGUCCACCGGGUCCUGGUGUUGACGUCUCGAACCAGCUAACGGACCGUCACACUGGUUCUGUUGCGGUUUAAGUGGAAACAGGAACAUUUUAACGGCAUGCUGUCAGACUGAAUUAUUACUCCCGUUUGCUGAUCGAUGCCUUGAAAAAGAUUUUUCUAUGAAAGUAAAUAUUUAAGGGACGGGAGCGCUACAUCGCUGUUCGCCGCCACACGUCUCUGAAAGGGCUGCGAGUGACUUUGGCGUUUUCUGUCUGAUGUUCUGCUCGCUCUUUGGAAUCUAGGAUGGGAAAUCUUCCUCCAGGAAGUUUCUCUGAAAAACACGAUGAUUAGAAACGGCUCUGGGUCGUCGUGUUUGUUCCACUCGGACCGUUUACCUGCUGCCUCUGCAGCACCUGGUUCUGUUUCAGUUUCUCUGAGGCCAUUCGGCUUCGUUAAGGCCGGCUCCCAACAGACUCGUGAUUUAACGAGUGUUUUUUAGAGAAACCAUCUGGGCGUCACCAUAGCAACCCAUCACCUACCUGUUUAUUUACCCUGUUGUUAAGGUACGCCAUCAUAGAUGGAGGAGGUAUAAACACGUGGGAACAGAGCCAGAGCUGCAUGGCAAACCUUUAAUCCGACUUGGGGACGAGUUUUGAAUCUUUUACCUGAAGUUGGUUAUUUUGCUCCUAGGUAGAUGUUUGAUUGUAACCGUGGUUGUGGGAUGGCUCUGGUGCUGCAGUCCCUCUUCUCUUCCAGCUGCUGUGCAGUUAUUCUGUUGUUUUUAGCCUCCUCACAAACACACACUGCAGCCACUAAAACAUACGACGACACUGGCAUGAGAGACGGUUUCUCCAGAGCUGAACUUGGCUUUCCCAUCAGCAACGUGUGAGAGAAACACGUCUUCGUUCUAAACUGUCUUCGGUCUUUUCUUUCCAUCAUUUCCUUUUGUUACAACUGGAAAAGUGUCGCCGCUGCAUGUGCAGCAAAACACUAAUAUUCUCCCCCGUACCAUGUAUCAGUGUGUGACUGCGAACAGAACCGAGAUUUAGAUAAGUGUGUGUGUGUGUGUGUGUGUGUGUGUGUGUGUGUGUGUGUGUGUGUGUGUGUGUGUGUGUGUGUGUGUGUGUGUGUGUGCUCACUAGUCAUUGUAAAUUGUCUAAAGGUUUAUGGCUUUUAUAAGGAAUAAAGUUCUUCAGAUACAAA